AUGGCGCUGCAGAACAUUGGUGCAUCGAACCGUAACGAUGCCUUUUACAGGUACAAGAUGCCAAAGAUGGUUACCAAGACUGAAGGCAAAGGUAACGGCAUCAAGACGAACAUUGUCAACAACGUUGAGAUUGCAAAGGCCUUGGGGAGGCCUGCUUCUUAUACAACCAAGUACUUUGGCUGCGAGCUCGGCGCUCAGUCCAAAUUCGACGAGAAGACUGGGACGUCGCUUGUGAACGGAGCUCACAACACGUCGAAGCUCGCUGCGCUUCUGGAGAUUUUCAUCAAGAAGUAUGUCCAGUGCUAUGGAUGUGGAAACCCUGAGACUGAGGUUCUCAUCACAAAGACUCAGAUGGUGAAUCUGAAAUGUGCUGCUUGUGGGUUUAUCUCUGAGGUUGACAUGAGGGACAAGUUGACGACUUUCAUCCUCAAGAACCCGCCUGAGUCGAAGAAAGGGUCAAAGGACAAGAAGGCUAUGAGGAGAGCUGAGAAGGAGAGGCUUAAAGAAGGUGAAGCAGCUGAUGAGGAGCAGAAGAAGCUUAAGAAGGAAGUUAAGAAGAAAGCUUCUUCUAAGACGUCCAAGAAUCAUACCUCUGAUGAGGAUAUCAGCCCAAAGCACGAUGAGAACACGCCGGAGGUGGAUGACGAGGAUGAAGACGAAGACGAUGAUGAUGGGAUCGAGUGGCAGACUGAUACUUCCAGAGAAGCUGCUGAGAAGAGGAUGAAGGAACAGCUGAGUGCUGUAACUGCUGAAAUGGUGAUGCUCUCUGCUAAAGAAGAUGAAGAGAAGAAGAAGACGCCUAAAAGCAAAGAGAACGGUGUUGGGAAAGAGGAGAAGAAGCUAAUGAUGGAGAUGAAGGAGUAUCUGAAGAAAGGCUCACCGAUAAGCGAGCUCAAAGCUUUUAUCUCCUCUCUCUCUGAGCCUCCACAAGAGGUCAUGGACGCGCUCUUCACUGCUCUGUUUGAUGGUGCGGGAAAAGGGUUUGCGAAAGAAGUGACGAAGAAGAAGAGUUACUUGGUGGCUGCAACGGAAGAGGAUGGUACACAGAUGCAUUUGCUCAACUCGAUCGGAUCUUUCUGCGGAGAGAAGGGAAACGAAGACGCGGCUAAAGAGGUGGCUCUGGUUCUUAAGGCAUUGUACGAUGAAGAUAUUGUUGAGGAAGAGUUUGUGAUGGAAUGGUACGGAAAGGGUCUCGCCGGAGCUGAGAAAAGCUCGGUGGUUUGGAAGAAUGUGAAGCCUUUUGUGGAGUGGCUCCAGAGCGCUGAGUCUGAGUCCGAAGAGGAGGAUUGA